CUCUUAAAGUCCCGUGUAAAUUUCGAUUAAUUUCCCAAGGAGUCGAGCUAUUUCCAGUCAAUUGUCGGGUUAUCGAGGGUAAUAUCGCGUCGAGUACCCCGUCAUUGUCGCACAGAGGUUCCUUAAGUACAAGUCAAGUACUGUCGCCUGCACAGAGAGUGCACUUGUCGGUGCAAGUGUCAUGCAAGAGGUCACUCGGUGCAGGCUACGGUCACUCUCGUUAAACCUGAGGACUUAAUAAAAAAAAGGGUCCUUAAAGAAAUUCAAUUUAAAGAAAACAUAAUUACUCGAAAUUUAAGGGCGAGCCGAAUGGCUUUGAAAUUCCCGCCUCCAUUAAUUUCCCGAUACGCAGUAAAGGGUCCUCACUGAUAAGGAAAGUGGCCAAAGAAAAUGGAAAUCCCUAUGACAUUAAUGCAUGGUAAUGUUUAAAGAAUUCCCCGGGUAAUGCAUUCCCCUGGGUACCAUUAAGACGUUCGACGCGAAACUUAAGUUACGAGAAAAGAAAAUUAACGAGGUAUUACGAGUGAUAGGCAGCAAUUGAUAAGAGCUUUGGAUUUGUAUCGCUUAGGUGACAUUCGUAUUGUAGAUAGAGCGAACGUUCCCGUGCACUACGCGAGUACUCUUUACUCGACUUAUUCUUAGUGCAGUACAAGUCGGCGAGUGAGCGAGCACGGCUCCCUCCUCGCUCCUCGCUCCUAGUAAUUUCGCCAUUUAGAAAAUUCCCCAAAAUCUCGGGCCAUCUUCCAGUGAGAAAGAAAGUUAGACGCGUCCUUUAGAAUAUCCAACACUUUCCUCGAGACGAAAACGAAAAAAAGACCAUAGAAAAAGGAUUUCUCUACCACCACUGACCGCGCCCGAUAAAGUUCCCAUUUUUGGAAAAAAGAAAAAAAAAGAAUCGAGAUUCGGCGGCGGUCCAGGAUUGGCGGAGGGCUCCGGGCCGGCGACCAAUGAGAGCGCGUCAUUCCGGUGGCGCGACUCGACGAAACCGCGGGGAGUGACGCGAGGGCCACUGCGCAGGCGCCGUACGUAGGCAGCGCGAGGCCACGGGUGAGGCGAGUCAUCUCACACGUCCUGCGCGCACGUCUCGCACCCGACGCCACCUCCGGCACACCGGUCGACGAUCCAAGAUGGCCACCGCCAGGUAUCGCAUGGCCGGCCUUGACUCGAGGAGGAAGGACCUCGAGGGGCCCCUCAAAAACGGGAUAACGCCGCUCGGGGAGGCCGUCCUCAACGGCAGGAUUAACGGCCACUACGCGCCAAAGAGCAACGGCAGCGUAACGAGCCUGAAGAAAAGGAAACCGCCGAAGGGGGUCAAGUUCGAGGAGAGCUGCGAGAAAGUGCCCUUCAUUCCCGCCGCCCUCACGCACUUCGGUUUCUACGUCCUCAUGUUCCUGGGCUUUAUAAACCAAUUGUUGUUCACGCCGAAAGUAACCCGGGAGCAGAACAGAGAGGGUUACACGCCGUUGUUCGAGAGCUUCGAGAGCUUUUAUCACAGAUAUGUGUACCGAAGGGUGAGAGAUUGCUGGAAUCGCCCUAUCUGCUCCGUUCCAGGAGCAAUGGUGACGCUGAAGGACCGAAUUACUCGCGAUUACGGUUGGACAUUCGAAUUCACCGGAACCGAAUCGCCGUGCAUAAACCUGGGCUCCUACAAUUACCUAGGAUUCGCCGAGUCGACGGGGACCUGCGCGGAGAAGAGCAUCGAGACCCUGAAGAAGUUCGGAUGCGCCAGCUGCAGUACUCGCCUCGAAUUGGGAAACCUGGCGAUCCACGACGAGCUGGAAAAGCAGACGGCCAGGUUCCUGGGAGUAGAGGACGCCAUAGUGUUCGGGAUGGGCUUCGCCACUAAUUCUCUAAAUCUCCCGUCCCUGGUUGGCAAAGGAUGCUUGGUACUGAGUGACGAGAAGAACCACGCGUCCCUGAUCCUCGGUCUCCGGCUAUCGGGCGCGGUGACGAGGGUCUUCAAGCACAACAACAUUGACCACCUGGAGGAGUGUCUGCAAAAGGGCGUGGUGUUAGGCCAGCCCGACAGCGGUAAACCCUGGAGGAAGAUCUUGAUCGUCGUAGAGGGAGUCUACUCGAUGGAAGGGUCCAUCGUGAACCUGCCGAAGAUCCUCGAGCUGAAGAGGAAGUACAAGGCCUAUAUUUAUCUAGAUGAAGCGCACAGCACGGGGGCCAUGGGGAAGCACGGGAGAGGCGUGUGCGAUUAUUAUCGAAUAGACCCCCGGGAGAUCGACAUUCUCAUGGGGACGUUCACUAAGAGCUUCGGCUCCGCCGGCGGCUACAUAGCCGGAACCAAGGUAUUGAUCGAUCACCUCAGGGUGCACAGCCACGCUCACACGUACGCCUCGGCGAUGUCUCCUCCGGUCGCCCAGCAGAUCAUCACCGCGAUGAGAAUAAUCUCUGGCGAGGACGGCACCGACAUCGGGCGACGUCGCACGAAACAGCUCGCCAGGAACACGAGGUACUUCCGUCGCAGACUGCACCAGAUGGGCGUCAUCAUCUACGGCAACGACGACUCGCCGGUCGUACCAAUGCUGGUGUACCUCUUUUCGAAAAUCGGAGCGGUGGUGCGGACGCUUACGACGAGGAAGAUAGCAACAGUGGGCGUCGGUUUUCCCGCGACUCCACUCAUGGAGGGCAGAAUACGUUUCUGCUUGUCCGCUGCACAUACCAAGGAACAAUUGGACUACGUGUUGUCCAAUGUCGAGGAGAUGGCUAAUACUUUGGGACUAAAGUAUUCGAGGAAGCCUCGCGACUCGAAUCCGAUAGAUUACUAUUCGGGCAGUGAUACCGAAUGACCUACCUCGUAAUGUAAGGAACCGAUAGAGACAAUUGGGUUUUCUAAUUACUCGUUAAGAUAGCCGAGCUUCAGCACAUCGCCAGAAACUUAGGUACAAAUCGUACUUCGCGACAAACGAGACGAGCCAUGUCAAGUGUCUAGGUCGUUCGACUCGUGCUUUUUACCGAAGAUUCGGACGUUCAGUUGGGGAAAAAAGGGCAGUAAAGAGACGCGUUGGUAAGGAUAGUUGAACAGGGAACACGAUGCAUCUGCAAUACCCAUUCGGUGUGACUGCUCUAAGUAUUUGCAUCGCCAGCAUGGGAUACCUACUCGACAUAACCUAGAAAUCGUUUCAGGCGAAUCGUAUGUCCGUUAUAGACUGCAGUUUACAAUUGUCAGAAAACAGGAAGAUACACUUAACGAGCAGCACACAGUUUUUUUCAUAGCUCUACGAUGAGGUGAGCUGGUCUUUGUGCAAAGAGACCAAGUGAGUCCGAAUUGUUGCAACGCAUUUGGAGAAUGCACUUAGCAGCGUUCUACCUAGAGACGAAUAGCCUACUUUAUUUAUAAGCUGCUUUGCCCAACUGUCUGCAGAGACCAGCACCAUCGAAUCUUCGAUUAUAACAUUACCGUUGCCUUAAGAGAGUACUGUACCACGUAACACCGUACGGUAAUUAGUGAGUUGAUGCUACGUAUUUAUAGAUCGAUUUAUCGAACUGUUGUACUAUCUAAAUUGUCAUUUUCUAAGUCGCAGCAAAGUUGAAGGUUAGACAUUGAAGUACUAGAAGCGUUCAAUUAGAUUUAAAUACCAGUUACUUAUAUCUUGUAAUGCAAUGUGAUCCAUUCACUAGUUUUUGGAAACGAUAGAUAAUCGAGCUUCAAGAUGCUGAAAUGUCGAGAUGCUGUAUCCAUUUUGCAACUGCCAAUUGCAGUUGCUUUAAGUGCAACAGUUGCUAAUUGAUUUUAUUAAGAAUUCUGUUUUGUGGUUAUGAGAUUCCUAAAUUUGCAUGAUGUGGUUAUACAAAAAUUAUAUAUAAACUUGGUUUCUAUGUCAGGGAGCUGUUCUAAUAUUCAAGAUUUUGAUUGGUAAAAUCCUGACCAAUGUUCAGCGCCGUGGCAUUUGGAACCAUUUCCAAUAUUUUCUUUUACAAGGAUUGGAAUAUCUCAAAGUUAUGUUAAAAUUCAAGGAAACAGCGUGUAUGCAAUUAUAUAAAUAAGCUUUUUUAACAAACUGCCAUUUAAGGUCUAUAGAUCAAUAUAAAUAACAGGCUAGUCACCGAUCAAUAGGAAAGGUAACAUUUUAUCACAGACUGUAUUCCUUUCCUCUGCUUUCAGAUUGCCAUUAGAAUUGCCAAAACACAUUUUGAAGUCACUUUGUUGUCGAUACUGACUCUAAACCGAUAUUGUAUGAAAUAUUGAAUAUUGAAUAUUGAAUAUCAAAUGCCCAUUUGCAAUACAAUCAAAAGUACAUUUCAUUAAUUCUUAA